AGAGAAUAUGCAGAAAGUUGUAUUGCCUGUUCUAGGGGAAACCUGAAAAGUUGACCUCGAAAGUAAAAGUUUUGGACCCAACAAACAAAACACUCCAAGUUUUCGUCUCUCCUUCUCAGUGCAAUUCUCCUCCGUGGCGCGCCAUUCCUCUGCUCCACUGAAUCGAGCGCUGCGGGCAAACUUUGAACUCCAUCAAUGCCAAAUUCAAUAUCUUGAUUGCUCAUCUUUCAUUCAACACUGGCGAGCCUUGAUGAGUGGAAGAUUGCCACUUGCCAAUGGAGCCGAUGACCAAAAGAAGUUUUUUGUAAAACAGCCUAGAGACGGGAGAUAGGUGAGUGGAGGCAACGGACUACCACCACUGACCGAAGUCAUGGAAACUGAUAACGUAGCUUCGGGUGAACAAUUCUCUCCUGAGAUUCUGGGUUAUAUGCAGCUCGCUAUAGAUCAGGCAAAGCUUGCGUUGGAUAGCCUUGAAGUUCCAGUUGGCUGUGUGAUUGUUGAGGAUGGGAACGUUAUUGCGGCAGGAAGAAACCGGACUAACGAGACACGAAAUGCAACAAGACAUGCAGAGAUGGAAGCUCUUGAUGUUCUUCUUGUACAGUGGCAGGGGACUGGAUUUACAGCUGCAGAAGUUGCAGAGAAGUUUGCAGCAUGCUCCCUUUACGUGACAUGUGAACCAUGCAUAAUGUGUGCAGCAGCAUUAUCAAUCAUUGGUAUAAAGGAAGUAUACUAUGGUUGUGCAAAUGAUAAAUUUGGAGGCUGUGGCUCAAUACUGUCGUUGCAUUCAAGUAGGUCUGAGGCAUGCAUUAGCAUUGGGAAUUCUGGAUCAAAGGGUUUCAAAUGUUAUGGAGGAAUAAUGGCAUCAGAAGCCAUUUCUCUUCUGCGAGAUUUUUAUGAACAAGGGAACCCUAAUGCUCCAAAGCCUCACAGGUCACGGGUUACUCAGGCUUAAAUUAGAUCUAUGUGCAUUGAUUCUUCCUGUUGAAUCUUCUCAUGCCUUUGCACUACUAUGUAAGACCUUUGAACUUAUGAUUCCUUGCUUUUCUGAACAUCAUGUACAUCAUGUAAAGAUGGAACGAUUAUUGGUAACUUGUGCAUAUAACAAGUGUAGUGCAUGGUGUGACCUUGCUGUAUUUUAGCCUGUUAGCAACAGAAUGGCAUGGAUUUGGGCCCUGGCAAUGUUUCUUGCUGUGGCAGUAUGGUAUGAUGCUCAUGCGACUUUUAGGUAUACCUACAGCCAUAAAUUCCCUUGUACAGUGUUUGUCAAUGACAAUGAGGCACUAUUAAGGUCUUAGAGAUGAAGUCAGACAACAUCCUUGUUUUUCGUCCCUUAUUGUUGGUUUAUUUUGAUUAUUUUGUUCAUUGUUCUUAAUCCUGUCAGUUCAUCUCUUCGUUCGACUAAAACCCAAAGUCAAACUCGCAGUUCAAGAUAGUUCCCAUUCUUAAGGUGAACUCAUCGCAAAAUUACUUUUAAACUAUAGUUUUGUGACUCUUUGUAUUCUACAUUAAAGUGCAAAUCUGGAUGUGAGGUCAUUGUUGCAGAUUCUGGUAUAGUAAGAUUUCUCUGCUGUUUGUGUGUGAUCUCAGAAACAGUUAAUGGUUAUUAUUUUGUCUCAAGAUCUUAAGAAGUUGCAUAAUCAUAGUGUGUUCAGACAGCUCUUUAGGUAGAGAGAUCCCUAUGAAUAGUAUUUACGAUGAUUAGCAUUCUAUAUAUGGUAUGAGGAUGUUGUUAAACAUCUAGAAUUCCACAAAAUGUCUUCAAAUGAUUUAGUGCACUCUGACUAGCAAUGCAUGCGCCAUUUACUGCUUUUCCAAUUACAGGAUUUCAUCAAGGACCUGAUAAAGAAAGCGUGAAUGUCCAGAUCAGUUUUUGCCCCAAUAUUCAUGUGUUUAUUGAGGGUUGCAGCUGUGAUCUUCCAUUUUAUGCUUUGACUUGAUUAUCAUAUUGUAAGAUAAUUUAUGGCAAAAUCCUGUGUAGGCAUAACUUUUUUUAUGCUAAUUUUUGUCAUCAACCUAUUCUGUAAUCGGGCUUGAUUUUUUUUUUUCUUCUAAUGAGCUUUCGAGCUUUGAGGUAAUUCUAGGCGUAUUUCUAGUC